GGCAGCCAUUUCCAACGAGCUGGCGGGGGCAAAAGAUGGCGACGCCCGCCGGGUGGUCGCAGGGCGGGUCAGGGUCGGUGUGUCUCGCCUUCGAUCAACUGCGAGACGUAAUUGAAUCUCAGGAGGAACUGAUCCAUCAGCUGAGGAACGUGAUGGUUCUCCAGGAUGAAAAUUUUGUCAGUAAAGAAGAAUUCCAGGCAGUGGAGAAGAAGCUGGUGGAAGAGAAAGCUGCUCAUGCCAAGACCAAGGUCCUCCUGGCUAAGGAAGAGGAGAAGUUGCAGUUUGCCCUUGGAGAGGUAGAGGUGCUAUCUAAACAGCUGGAGAAAGAGAAGCUGGCCUUUGAAAAGGCGCUCUCCACCGUCAAAAGCAGAGCCCUGCAGGAGUCCAGCAAGAAGGACCAGCUCAUCACCAAGUGCAAUGAAAUUGAGUCUCACAUUAUAAAGCAAGAAGAUAUACUUAAUGGCAAAGAGAAUGAGAUUAAGGAAUUGCAGCAAGUUAUCAGCCAACAGAAACAGACUUUCAGGAAUCACAUGUCUGACUUCCGGAUCCAGAAGCAACAGGAGAGCUACAUGGCCCAGGUGCUAGACCAGAAGCAUAAGAGAGCCGCAGGGACUCGUCAGGCCCGGAGCCACCAGCAUCCCAGGGAAAAAUAAAAUGGUCGUCAACCUUC